AUGGCGACAGACACCGAUAUCAAGGGCCAACCCGCCAUCAACCCAAACACAAUCUUGGGUCCCGACGUCAGUAAGGUAGACCCGUUCCAAGAGACGCACGACAUCGCGCAAGCAGCAUUUCCACCGGAGCUAUCGACCAGAAUACGCGCCAGCCUUGGGCUAGACCAGACAUAUCAUGAGCUGAUCAGGGACAUCUCGAGGCAUGUCACCUCGCUCCAACACCGACAGGUGCCGCCGCAAGACCAGCCUGCAAACCCGAAGAAGAGGAAGCUUGAAGAUGAAUCGGUUACCAUACCCAAGGCGCAGCAGAAUGGGUCGCAGCCGGCAUUCCAUAACGGCGAUCUGGAGAUCCACAGCAUUUUCGAAUGCAGAGAUGUCAGCGUGCAGAUACCAGCGCGGAAGAAGCUGAAACUCAGCAUACAACGAACCGAAGUGGAUGACCGAAUGGCCGCGAUCGCGCUUGUCAACCAGUCGACCGAAGCUGUGGAACAUCGACUGCAGCCUCACCGGCUCGAGGCGGUCUUUGUAAUGCCCGUACCCGACAAGACAGUACGCCAAAACUAUUUCGUCGUCAUGCCGAAGGCAGGAGAGCUGAGCAGUGACGGCAAGCCAGCCGAGCCGAUGGUCUUCACGAUGGCGGAGACUCCUGUAUCUGCUUCUGUGACGCACUGCGACAGGUCAUUACCAACCAGCGAGGACGACACUCAUGUCUCACUGACCGAGAGGGCCCUUGAACGAAUACUGGUGCCGCACCAUAAGCGCAUCACUAGACCAGACGCAGCAGAGUUUGCGAGCAGUAGGCCGCAGCCGCAUCGGAAGGGUGAGAAGGCGUAUCAUGUGAAUGCACAUAGUGGCAGCAAAGAAGGCUACCUCUACUUCCUCCCCAACGGCAUCCUGUUCGGCUUCAAGAAACCUGUGCGAUUCUUCCCCUUCUCCGCCAUCGAGAGCAUAUCCUACACCUCCGUCCUGCAACGAACCUUCAACCUCGUCAUCGCGUAUAGCGAACACACCGAUGGUUUGGAACCGCAGGAGACGAAGCAAGCCGAGUUCAGCAUGCUCGACCAAGAAGACUUUGCCAACAUUGACGACUACAUCAAGCGACACGGCCUGAACGACGCUUCCAUGGCUGCGGAUCGGAGGGCGAAGGCUUACAAUGUCAAUAAGGUGGCCAAAGAGGACGGCGUGAAUGGCGAUGCAGCGGCUGGCGGGGUUGACGAGGAUGGUAUGACGGAGUUGCAGAAGGCGGAGCAGCAGUUGCAGGAUGAGGAAGAUGAAGAGGAGGAGGAUUAUGAAGCAUCAGGUGGCGAGAGUGAUGGGGAAGGCGAGGAGAGUGGAGAAGAGAGCGAGGAUGCAGAAGGCGAAGCUGAAGAGGAAGAAGACGAGGAGUAG